CUUAAAAAGGAGGAUAUGCUUCUUCAUCAGUGGAGUAUUAGGGUUUUCAGAGUUGCAGUUUAGCUUCAUUUUUUCAACCUAUUAUUCAGUGUAUAUUCCACGACACGUUAAAACGGUGCGGUUCCUCCAUUGAUUCCUUUUGUCAUAGAGCAAAAUAGAAAGCUAUUGAUCGUGUCCUUGCAAUACGGCACUACAUUCUGUUCCUUCGUUCGCAUGUUAUUGCUUCACUGUUUGUUCUAAAUGGAUGCUAAAGCUGACACUCCUCAAAACCCAUCUAAAAGACACAAAUGCUCGGCAUGCUAUAGGCAAUAUAAGAAGAGAGAGCAUCUCAUCGAGCAUAUGAAAAUUUCAUACCACUCUGUCCAUCAGCCAAGAUGUGGGGUCUGUCAAAAGCACUGCAAAUCUUUUGAGUCUUUAAGGGAACAUCUUAUCGGUCCUUUGCCAAAGGGAAUUUGUUCAAAGAUUUUCUCUCAACAGGGUUGUCAACUUUGCUUGACACUAUUUGAUAGCCCCAGCUCUCUCAUUGAGCAUAGAGAAACAUGUCGCCUAUCUGCCCCUGCUCCUCUAGGAACAAUCGCAUUGCCCUAUAUAGGCUCCCAAAUUGAUUGUCGAGGUCCUUCUGAUGAAAACCAUGCUGGCAGGCGCCCUUUAGCAAUUGCAUUGGACUGUGAAAUGGUUGGUGGGGGAAGUGAUGGAUCUCUGGAACUCUGUGCUCGAGUAUGCUUGGUUGAUGAAGAUGAGAACUUAAUAUUUCAUGCCUAUGUACAGCCUCAAAUCCCUGUCACUAAUUAUAGAUAUGAUAUAACUGGGUUGACAGAAGAGUAUCUUAGAGAUGCCAUUCCGCUUAAGGAAGUUCAAGAAAAGGUAUUGCAAAUUCUAUACAAUGGAGAAUCCAUUGGCAAAGUUAGAUUGGAUGGUGGAAAGGCCAGGCUUCUUGUGGGGCAUGACUUGGCACAUGAUUUAGAUUGCUUGAAAUUGAAUUAUCCCGAUCACAUGCUCAGGGACACUGCAAAGUACCGUCCAUUGAUGAAAACAAACUUGGUCAGCCAUUCGCUCAAGUAUCUUACCCAAACAUAUCUAGGUUAUGAUAUCCAAUCCGGCACUCACGACCCAUAUGAAGAUUGUAUUUCUGUCAUGAGACUGUAUAAGAGAAUACAAGGUCAAAAUCAUAAGGAGGAAGGCUAUGGAACGUUGAGUCCACGUAACAAAAUCGUUGGCAUUUCUGAUUGUUGGAGAUCCAAGCAAGUUGACAACCUCACACCAGAUGAACUCUAUGCCAUGUCAAGAUCAGACUAUAAGUGUUGGUGUUUGGAUUUGAGGCCAAGAUCGGCAGCCUGAAUUAUUUGAUCACCGCAUUUGUCCAUAACAUCAUGUCAUAGUGUAUAUUGUUAGAAUUUAAUUCUGGAUGGACUAACUUAUAUAAUCUAUAAUAUAAUUUUAAUAAAACUUAUGAAUA